AAAACAAAAAAAAAAAAAAGAAAAAAAGAGGAACCACCAAAAAGCUCCGAGAGUCCCGGCCGAAGGAUUACCCGGCACGAACGCACGUGAUCUCGUAAGCUCAACAUCAGCAUCGCGGUCUGCAAGGGAAGAACAUCAACACCAUCACCGAAACCAACAGCUCCAUAUUUUUCGCAGCCGAACAACCCCCCUCCGUCCCACGAAUACAGCCACCAUGUCCACCGCCUCGCUCGAUGCCGCCGCCGCCGCGCGAAAAGAGCGUCUCUCGCAGCUCAAAUCGCUAAAACGCAAAGCGCCCACAUCCUCCUCCUCCAGCGACGAGUCGGCUUCCGCACCCACAGCAUUGGGAGCGCCCACACAACAACAAUCGACCGAUAAAGACGUGUCGCACCUGCUGUCGGGGCGGAACUAUGACAUCGUCGAGCGCGCGCCAAAGAUGGGGUUCUCGUCGCUUCCGACCGAGAACCAGGAGACGCUCGAGGACGCGGCGGCAAAGAUCGCUGAGGAGACGCGGCAACACCGUGUUGAGGCUGAGAAGGAGGAUAAGCCUAUUGAUCUGUUCAAUCUGCAACCCAAGAAGCCGAAUUGGGAUCUGAAGCGCGAUGUUGACAAGAAGCUGGAACGGCUGGAUCAGCGCACCGAUAUGGCCAUUGCGAAGUUGAUCCGUGCAAGAAUCAUAGAGGAGAAGGCGAAGGAUAAGGGCGGUAUGGAGGAGGAUGACGUGGUAGAGGGGAAUCUGGCGAAGAUGGUGGAGGAGAGGGAGAAAGAGGGGGAUGAGCUGGACGGCGAAGUCGAGGAGGAAUAGGCGGUCGACUGAAGGACUGGGCUGGGUUGGUCUGGAUUGGCGUUUCUUUGUGCUUCUUUGUACACAUACGGAUUCGGUCUUUUGUUUGUUCAUGAGGGGAUUUGUUGUGCAUGGUUUUAGCGAUUCAUGGGUCGUUUUCUGCCGGGGCAGGUGGACAUUUGGAGGUGGGUAAAUGCAGACUGCUGCUGUAUGUACAUUAUUUACGGACAACACAGACAAAAGAG